AAGAGACUCAGAAGAGCUGGGCCAGAGCCACCAGCAACUAGAGGCCUGCUUGGAGCAGCUGCAGCAUCUGCAGGGAGAGCAGGUGGUGUUGGGGGGCCAUGUGCAGGCCCUGGAGGCAGAGCACACCUGGCUACUUCAGGAGAAGGUGGGGCUGCUAGCAGCACUGGGUGUGGCCCCGGGCCAAGAGUCCUGUACACUCCAGGUCCUGGAGGUACCAGUGCCCCUCAGGAAAGAGCUAGAGGCACAAGAAUCACAUCCCAGGCUUCAUGAGGAGAUGGCUGAAUAUUGGAAGGCACGCUGGCACCGGCUGGCAGUUGCCCUGAAAUUUAAAGAGGAGGAACUGCAGAGACUCCAGAGGCAGAGUGGGACCUGGCCUCCCCAGGGCAGACUGCAGCAGAGACCCCAGGCCAGCCCCCGGAGUCUGCAAAUGAAAGGAGCUGUGGGAGCCCAGGUCUGCCAAGGAGCUGGAGUCUGCAGUGUGGACUCCACCAGAGGCCAAUGGGUGAGCUCAAGGGCAGACUGGGGUGGAGCUGGGACAGCCCCAUCCAGGGGUGAGAGCUGGUGUGGGGCAGCCCUGGUUGCCCUCCCUGAGAUCAGGCUGGAUGGAGGUGGGACCUCCCAGGCAGAGAACUUGGCUCUGGUCUCCCAUUGCCAUGUGGACUGGGCCCUCUGGGACCACACUGGGCCCUUGUUUCCAGGAGCUGGAGGAGCUGAGACAGGGGCCAUGUGAAGUGAAGGCAGGGCCUGGGCCGGGGGGCAGGGGUUGGAGUAGGAAGCCUGGCUUGUUGGAACCAAUGAAUUGGGAUGGGGGUUCUCCACUGAGC